UUAUUUUUAAGUAAAAAAUAAUUGUACUCGAUACUUUCGAUAAAAAGAAUAGAACUUUUUAUAUGAUGAGUAACUUUCUGAAAUUACAUAAAAAGUAUUGUUUACAAAUAAUUUUCCAAGUAUUUCUUUAAACUUUAUGUCAAUUACAAUUGUCAUAAAGUAAAUAUAUACAUAUACAUACAUGUAUAUAUGUAACUUAUGAAAAUGAUGUAUACAUACAUAUAUGUGUAUAUAAAAUUCCAAUACUAACUGUAUUAUAUUUACGUAAAAUAAUUAAAUCCACUAAAUAACGAGAACACAUUUGAUUUCGUGUAUCUUACGAAAUUUUAAAACGUUAUUAUAUAAAAGAUUCAUAAAAUUAUGUAAAACGAAUAUAAUUGUUCCAAAUGCGAUGCAACAUCCAGAUUUCGAAUCUCUUGAUAGAAGUUAUACACGUGAAAGUCAAAGAAAUGAGAUUUAACGUUAUAUAUCUUUCUAACUCCUCUUUAUUCGCAUUUGUGUAAUUUACGACAGGGUAAACGAGAACAAAGUAAAUGAGACCUACAUAUUACAUAUGUAAAAGAAGUAAAAGGUUAUGUCGUAGUGAAUAACGAAGGACAAUCUAAUCGUUCCUGAUAAUAAUAUUCAAAAUCGUGCGAAAGUAUGUUUUUGUGUAGUAUCAUACGAGAUCAGUUGACGCUCAGAACGGACAUAAACUGUUUGUAUAUCGAAUUCAAAGUGAUAAUACAGUGAAUUCAAAGAUUUUUCGCAUCAGAAACUGUUCGUGUGUGCAGCGUCCGCCAUUUUGCUUCCCUUACAUCUGACAUGUCUUUCUAAUGUUAUUAUCGAUGAAUGCUGGAAUUUGUGCGUGAAUCUUCAAUCUUGUUGGAGUAUAUCUUCCAAGAAAAAGGUUGAAUUGCCUCUGAUUGGACAACAACCUCCAUUACUAUUGGGAGUAAUUUACAUUGUCCCAACCUCGGUUAAACUAAACGAAACAUUGAGUACAUAAAAGAAUCUUCGUGAAGAGUAUCCGUGAAUAGUUUACCCACGUUAAUGGGUGGCAAAUAUGCGGCAAAACUCAUGCGAUGAGCUUUCCUGACCGUAUUGUUGAAACUUGAUUACAGUAUUUUGCACAGUGUUAUAUUGUCUAUAUAAGGAGUGAACAUAACCAAACACAGUGUUGAUUGCCAACAUCGUGUACUGAUGUCAACACUGGAGAUAAAACGCUUAUUAAUAUGGCUUUGACUUGUCAGAGAUUACUAGAACUCCUAGAGCCAAUAUUCGAUGUUUUGGUGUCUCAUGUAAUGCGAUUACUCAAAGAUGUGUAGGAUACGUUCUAUGUGAACUGCUAUGCGAGGCAAGGAUUGUUUUUAUCCUGAUCUAGCCAUGGACUAAGUUCACGCUAACUGCUUGAACCAGAAGACUUUAGUAAUUAUCUCAUACAUAUUAUGUAUAGAAACAUAGAGUGAUACAUAGCUUUAAUUGGUAUAGAUGUUGACUGCUAAAGUAUUAUUUGCACUUUUAGACCAUAGAGUAAAUAUUGUUAUCGUUUAAACUUUUGUAAGGCACAGCUAAAAAGAUUUGAUACUAGAUGGUAAAUAGCAAAUUUUAAUCUUUCUAUUAAAGCAAAAUCCAUGACAAAAUUAAGUUUUGUAUAUAUGCACAUAUAUGUAAAUAAGAAAUAGCCAAGCGCAUGCUGUGUUAAAUUUUUCAAACACGAAUAGUGCACACGACUAUUUUAUAAUUUAUUAUAUUUUGUACAAAGAUUCAUUUUAUUAGAUAUAUCGCCUUAACGCAUAUAAAUAUUGAUGUUUCCAAGGCAAAUGCAAAAAAAAAAAACAAACUGUGAUAUAAUACAAUAAAAAUAAUUUUUUAUUUUUUUAUUCUCAGUAUUAUGAGUUGAAAAAAUAGUACUGUCUGGACUUGGAUCUUGGCACAUGGCGUGAACUAAGUUUUAUCUAGAUAGGAAGAAAGUUGAUUCAGAGGGUUUGAGAAUGCAGGUAGAACAGGAGACGAGAGAAGCGGUUAUCAAUGAAGGUCCCCAUAUUCGAAAACUCAAACAUGGACAAUAAAUUGAAGUUUUCGGAUCGCUUGAAGGCUUUACUGAAAACUGAGGCUCGUCAAGAUGUCGAUCCAUAUAUUUUCAGCGAACCGGAGCCAUUUACUACAUCAGGAGGGAGAAAUGUUACAAUAGUUUCACCUAAAAAUCCUAAAGUAAUGCAAAGUUGUAGAAAUAUUAAGUCUAAGGGAAAGUGUAUGAAACAAAGGAUAAGGAUAACACCUAUACCAGAUGUGGAAUACAAAGCAGUACAAGAUCGUGCUAUAGAACUAGAUGUUGAUGCUAGUGUCGGUGGCAGUGGUAGCGGUGAUGGUGAAAAUAUAGAUUUUAAACUAGCAAAAGCAAUUCAACACAAACAACGGCGCAUUCAGAAUUUACAAAGAUUAAAAUGUAGAAGGCAAAGCCGGGACCAUACCCUAUUGUAUUAUCCUAAAGCUGGAGACGAAAUAUCGGAUAGUGAUUCUAGCGGCGAUGAAAUGACAGUCUAUCAACGCUAUUGGUUUUCAGGGGAAACCAGUACAGCGUUGAAUCGUUCCGCGCGUCUUUCUCAAUUGCGUUCCCAACUAAGACGACGACUGAUUCAAUUAGAUAAAAGUGGAGCAGAUUCUGAAGCUUUGUUGCGCGAUAGAGCUAGGUGUUUAUUGGAAGCUGCUUACAAAGAUCCUGCAACUACUGCGAGAGCUUUGAGUGAUUUUCCAAGUACAAGUAAACUGGUAGAUGGUCCUCUUCUUGUUGGUGGACUCUGUGGAGCCGAAGGCUGCCAGCAAACAUCUUUGCCCUGUACCCGUCAUUGUUCUCGUCACAUUAUGUUGAACGGAGAUCAACUUUUAUUUGAACAUUGCACUGCCAAGUUUAGUGAUAAUACACAAUGUUGUAUACCUGUAUUCGAUGUUGCACAUGAAUUACCUCUUUGUCCAGAGCAUGCAAGAAAAAGGGAUAACUACCAUCGUAAGGCUCAAGAGUCCAAACCAAAGAAAGCUCGUAAAAAGCCAUCAUCUCCAACAAUUCCUAGGCCUAAACCAAAAUCCAGGCCAAAGAAACGAAAACGGCCUCCGACGACUAAACUCGAGACUAAAGGUCCCACCUUAGCACACGAAGAGAGCCAAUAUUUGAGUCAAAUGAACUCUAGUGAAAAUCAGAUAAAAACAUUGAACAAUUUGAGUACAGUAGCGCACGGAAGUUCACAUUCUUCUAAUUUAAAUUUAGGAUUAGGACUUGGUCUUGGAGCAGGGCUUAAGGUGGAUCUAGGAGAUCACGAAGUGUUUCCUUCUCUGGAUUCCGCGGAGCACGAUUUUGGCAAUGUCCUCAACAACUUACCAGCUGAUGCUUUUAAUGAUUUGUUCAUUGAAAGCAGAAACGGAGAGUAUGAACCGUCGAGAGAAGAAGAGGAGGAAUUAGAACGAGCAUUAGAGGCAGUAGAUAAGGAUGUACGAAAUUUGGAAAGAAUGGGGCAAACGCACGGACUUUUAGAACCAGCAUUACUGGCUCAACUUAUGUCAGAUAUUGCUUCGUAGCCCCGUCUAUUUUAAUAAUAUAAUACUUUGAAAACGAGUUCGCGUGUGUUCCUUAUAAUAUAGAAAGAAAUACUGUUUGUGUCUGUGCUGCUAAAUGUAAGAUUAUGUUAUUAACUUUCAUUGCAUAGAUAUAAAAGUCCAAGGUAAUAGCAGGGAUUGACAUACAGAAAGUAAAAAAGAAAUAUUAAAGUUAUUAAUUUAGCGUAAACAUCAUUGGGUACAACAUCGUAACAUAGCUAGAUUCAUAUGCAGUAGUUCAUGUUUCUUGUAAAUGCUGAAAAUUCUUUUUAGCAAAAUAAUCGUAAACGGAUCACGAUAUCAUCUUAUUUUGAAAGUUCAAUUAUCACUUUGUAGUUAUAAUAACAUGAUAGAGUCUUUUCAAUUGUGAAAUGCAUGAAUAUUAAAAAAAAAAAAAUGGAAAACAUUUUUGCAAAGUAAUGUAACGUAUUUGACUUUUUCAGAGUACAGAGAUUGAUAUUUUAUUUAUGACUGCUAUUUAAUUCAGAUAUUAAUUGGGAACACACUUUGUUCAAACAGAUUUGUUAAUAUUAUUUGCAUUGAUAAUAAUCUUUAUUUUGUUUUCAAGUACUCUGAUAUAUCUGUAAGACAUUCGUAAAUAGAUUCUAAAGAUAUAGCGAAUUAACUUUGGUAAAAUCUAAUUUUUAAUGAAAUAUUAAACAUUAAUGAAUGUAUAUGUGUUUUAUAUCGAUAUUUGGUUUGCUGUUUCUUCUCUAUCUACCGUAGAAAUUGAACCAAAUCGUUUGAUAUAAAAGAAGCAUCAGUAAUAAUUCUAUUAAAAUGUGAAACUCCCGAAAGUUACGCAAUAGUUACAAUACGUUUUGAAUAAGAUUGAAAAUCUCUCAUUCAUUGUCUGAGCCGAAGAUUAAGUACAAGCACUACGUUGAAUGUAUGUUUUCAUAAGAAUGUAACUUAGUUCUUUGUUUAAACAAAAGUUAAAACUGUUUUAACAAGUUACCUUUCAUUUGAAAAACUUUGUGCAUAGAAUACAAUUGCAUGGGCACAUGACUGAACUUAAAAAAAAACUACAUGUACACAUAAAUAGUCAUUAUUCAUUUUCAUCAUCUAACUGCUGUAAUAAUAUAUGCAAAUAAUCGCGAAUAAUCUUACUGGCAUACGCAUAAUUACCAUUAUCAUCAUGUUCUUCAUUUUGUAAUAUAAUCAUGUAGGCAAAUGUUCAGUGAUAGAUAGCUGUAACAUACAAUUAAAAAUUCAAAUUAAUAAGAAGUGCCGAAAUAGUUUCAUUUUUGAUAUUUUUAGUAACUAUAAUACGUUUAAAUUUCUUUUGCAGCCUAUAAGAAAAGAUGACACGCUGUGCGUUAUUUUAUUAUAACAAUAUUAAGGAAUAAGAAUUAAAAGAAAAGAUGUUAAUGUGGCACAGAUUCUGAGAGUAAAACUAGAUUACCCUUGUCGAUCAUAAGGACGGUUGGAUUACUUACUGCCAUUUGAUAUUUAAAAUAUCGCAAUAUAGCCGUAGCGUUGAUACUAGUGUUAUCUGUGUAAAUGUAAUAUUUCAAAGUGUACACAAUAUACUUCAGAUUAUCAUACUUUUAAUACAUAUCGUAAUUGAGAUCGAAUAAACCAUACGUCGAAUCAAGUUGUAGAUUAUAAAUAAGUAACAUUAAAGUAAAACAACAAGAAAUGCAUUUUACAUGUAACACCAAGAUUGUACAGAUUUUUGUGAGGUCUAGUUUUUAUUAUCAAAGUCUCUGUGCCAAAUAUAAGUAACGAGGUAUGAAUUUUUGUACCUUAUACAUGCGUGUCACUUAUUCACACAUAAUAGGUCGCAAAGAGGUAUACCUUGAAUAAUGAAUGUUUUAGCUAAAUGUAAACCAUUGCAAAUGAACAGUAAAUUUGCUACUUGUAAAUGAAGACAAAAAACAAUAUAAUUUACAAUUUAACCCAUAUUGGGAUUCAAUUAAUGUCAUAUAUAUGUAUAUGUAUGUAUCAUAUAUGUCAUAUAUAUAUGUUACUACAUAUAUUAUACGCAUAUAUAUAUGACAUUAAUUAAUUGUUACUAUAUAUCGUGGUAGUAAUUAGGUACAAUAAUUAUUUAUAAAAGGACAAUGCAGAAUUUAAUCGUGGAACAAAUGCAUUGCUUCAAAUGUACCUAUAUGUGUAUCUCCUUGUAAAAUAUCAGCAUUAGUACUCAUUAUUAGGCAUUACCAAUUAUAAUAAGCAUAUUUUUUACAUUG